UGGAGAUGGAAAUUAUACAGCCAGACCAAUACUGCGGUAGUUGAUUUUGGAUAAGCGAGUGGGAUCCCUUGUAUGAUCUUGACUGUUUCAGCCUCUUUGACAGACACAGAGAGAGGGAGAGGAGAGCGAGAGAGGGGAGGGCCGCAAGGAGAGAGUCCAGCCCACAGGGUACACUGCCUCUGUCUGAUGUGCCUGCCUUCUGCUCCAAGGCUUCAAAUAAUGCUCAGAUUGAUCACAGGCAAGCAGUCUUUGUUGGCUAUUCCCACAUCACACCAUUUGAAAGGAGAAAAAAAGACAUCUAAAGAUUAAAGAGAUACCUGCUUCUGAUCAAGACCUGCUGCAAAAAAAAAAGAACAGAAAAGAAAACAGCAUUCCCUGAACAGCUACUGAGAGGGGAGACAAAAGACUGGAUGACUUUAUUAUUGAGCUUAAAAAAAGAAGUUGACUUUAAAGUGAAAUUCAACACUACUGAAAUGGACAGGAGCUAAAUGACAGACUGGUGCAGGUGCUGGAUACGUCUGUUAAUGGGAGUGUUGGGCACAAAAUAAAAAUAAUACUGAUGACAAAACAGGUCCUCCUCCUGCUACUGUUUUCAACUCGCUUGUCGCAGGAUUGUGAUUAAGACACACAUCGGUGCAUCUCUAAGGUAUUAAGCUCAGUUGAAUUAUAAGACGCUUUGGGGAAGGAUUUGACAAGGAAUAAGGCUUCUCACAGAAACAGCACAUGGGAUUUACUCCUUCUAAAGUUUCAUUCCCUACAAGAAAACAUCCUGGGCUGUGAAAAAAAUAGCACUACAGAGUUUCUUCCAUCUGAGGAGCACAGGGUUUGCCCCAAGACGACAUUUGCAAGUGUUGGUCUACAGAGCAUUUGUGCCAUCCAAGAAUGUGAAAGAAAUGGUAACCCUAAAGACUGUGAUGUAAAGAACUGCCUGCUUGUCAAGAAUACGUGUUGUAUUAUUUCUUUCCCUGAACUGUUGCAAAUUCCCAGCGAGGAUGCCUGCGAAAACACCCAUCUAUCUCAAAGUUUCCAACAACAAAAAGGGCAAGAAAUGUAAACUGCGCGACAUUCUAUCUCCUGACAUGAUAAGCCCUCCACUUGGUGAUUUCCGCCACACUACUCACAUUGGAAAGGGUGGCGGGUGCGAUGCCUUUGGCGAUAUGUCUUUCUUGCAAGGAAGGUAUGAACUUUUGCCGGGUCAGGUGGAAAUAAAAUCUCAGAAGUACAGCACGCAUGAGGAGUUUUUAAGGGAUAACAGUCUCACAGAUACUUCUUUUCCUGAGACGCCCUCACCAGUACUCAAAAAUGCCAUUUCUCUCCCUUCAAUUGGCGAAUCCCAGGCUCUAACUCUGCCCCUCCUGUCAACUGUUACGAUUACAGAUCCCUUUGCACAUUCAAAGUUCACCAGCGGUAAACCAAAGGAGCCACAAUUACUUGAAGAAAAUGACCUCCUCCUCUCAACUAUGACUUUUCCUUUAAAUCAUGAUUCUUUGGAGGAGAUUAUUCAAUAUCCGUCUUCGUUUGAGAAGGCAAAGGAGCCUGUCCCACAACAGAAUAGCACACCAAUAGAAAAUGGCAAAUCCCACUUUGGGGAGAAUGGAUUUACAUGGUCUACUUCACAUCAGCCUAUCAAAAAUGGCAAGAUUCCACACUCUACAAAUUGCAAUGGAUCUUACUCUGAAUGGUUUAAUAUGAACACUGCUAAUGGCAACCUCGCAGACUUACGGUUUGAGUUUACAAAAACUAAAAGUGACUCAGAGGAGUCGAUUUCAGAAAUGACUGGGUCCCUCUUGUCACUGGAACUUGAUUUAGGACCUUCCAUUUUGGAUGAUGUCCUCAAUGUCAUGGAUAAACCCAAAUUUACUAAUCAGCAGUAAAUGUCAUGCUGGAAGCACAGCUCAGUUACCAUUGUAAAACCUGCGUUCAUCUUCUUCAAUAAAAGGGAGUAGCAAUAUGUACAAUUUUUUGGUACUUUGAUUAUUAUAGUAAGUUAUAUAUAUAUAUAUAUAUAUAUAUAUGUUAAAAUAUUGAUAAGCCAUUGAGUAUGUUUAGUUAUCAAAAACUGCAUUUGCUAAGUCAGUAUGCAGCCAUAAAAGUGUUACGUUUACUUUUCCCAAUACUUUGCAGCUCUUGAACAACUUUAUUUAUAAGAUUGUUCAACUCAGUGCCUACCGUUAGAUAUAGUGAGACAUAUGCAGUAUUAUUUAAAGCACAUGUGAGCAAUAUUCUAAUUUUCAAUAGAAUUCUCACUUCUUCAUCUCUAUUCUGAUUUUCUCAGCUUGUCUGUUGGCUUUGUUUUUAUUUUUCAUUUUAUUUUUUUUACAGUACACUUAACUAUAGCUGUAAAAUGCAAAGAAACUCAAGAAAAUGUACCUUAUGUUUUAUUUUUGAUGUUGGUAACAUCCACAUUCAUUUAGAAUAAUAAAUAAAAAAACAAUUUAAAAUGUG